AUGGCUCAAGCCACAUUGAGCUUUUACGUCCUUGCCAUCCUCCUCCUAGUGGUGGCGGUGUCCGGGGGACCUCCAAAACCUAAGGAGGUCGAUUGUGUUUCGUGUCAGCCAGUAUGUAUUGCUCCACCACCACCGCCAAAACAAAAGAAGCGUUCACCUCCACCUCCUCCUACUAAUGUUGCCACUCCUCCUCCUCCUAUUGUUGUCAAUCCUCCUCAUCCAACUUCUUCCCCUCCUCCACCCACUAGUGUUGACUCUCCUCCAACUUCCACUCCACCACUUCCUCCUCAAUCACCUCCUUUGAGUCCUCCACCAACUUCGCCGCCAUCAACUUCCCCCAAGAAGGUUUAUUGCAAGAACAAGGCCUACUCAAGCUGCUACCGCUUGGAGCACUACUGUCCUAGUGCCUGUCCUGACCAAUGUGAGGUUGAUUGUGUCACCUGUAGCCCUGUUUGUAACUGCAAUAAGACAGGAGCAGUAUGCCAAGACCCAAGAUUCAUUGGUGGCGAUGGAAUUACCCUCUAUUUCCAUGGCAAAAAAGGCCACAACUUCUGCAUAGUCUCUGACUCCAAUCUACACAUCAAUGCUCACUUCAUUGGAAAGAGAAACCAAAACAUGCAGAGAGACUUCACUUGGGUUCAGUCCAUUGGCAUCCUCUUCGACAACCACCAACUCUACCUCGGUGCCAAAAAGACAUCAACUUGGAAUGAUGCCAUUGAUCAUCUUGACCUCACCUUCGAUGGCGAACACGUCUUCCUUCCCUCUGUGAAGAACAGAGCAACGGUAGUGCCAAUUUCAGAGGAGGAUUCGAUUAUACACAAGUAUGGGAUCACUGAAGAGGACUGUUUUGCUCAUCUUGAUUUGGGCUUCAAGUUUGACUCAUUGAGCGGCGAUGUCAACGGCGUUUUGGGUCAGACAUAUGCUGAGAACUACGUGAGUAGGGUUAAGAUGGGAAUCAACAUGCCUGUUUUGGGUGGAGAGAGAGAAUUUUCAUCUUCAAGUCUGUUCUCCACAGACUGUGAUGUUGCUCGAUUCAAUGGCAGUUCGAGUGCUUCUUCCAAGAUUUUCCAAGUUGCUGACAUGAAUUGUGCAAGUAGGAUUGAUGGCCGUGGAAUAGUGUGCAAGAGAUAA